AUGCAAUUUAUCAUAGCAGCAUUGAAAGAAACCAAAAUAUUUGAUGAAAACAAACAACAAAUCUUCGUCGUACGCAACGCUUUGUCAACUAAUGAUCUAUUUGAGGUUCUCGCCAAUAAUAGAUCAUAUUAUGGAGUGACUAGUGGCCGAUCUUUUUAUGAACAAUGUUUACCGUCGAAUUCACUCGCUUUUGGCUACACUUCGACUUUAUUACAUUGGCUAUCAACUAAACCAUGCAAUUUAUCUGAUCAGUGCCUGGUUCAUGGUUCUCGAAAUGAAAGCGAAAUAAAUGAAUUCGAACAGCAAGCAGCUCUUGAUUAUGCUCACUUUCUUGAAUAUCGAUCUCGCGAAUUAGUACAUGGGGGCGUUUUAGUUUUAGUAAUCCUUGCGAAUUCUGAGAAGGAUAAUCGUGAUCAUGUCGACCCAUGUAACAAAAACCGCAUGAAAAUCGGCGGUUUUGCCGUUCCGGUUACCGGCUCCCUUUACCCGCAGGAAGGAUAA